AUGGCCGAUGCCAAGACAGACACGGCUCCGGCCGUCGAUGCGACAGCACCCAAGCCGCGGUCGCUUCCGUCGGGCAUUCUCUCGCGGUCGAUUCCGACGCCGACGGCUGAAAUCGAAAAGCUCAAGGCCGAGAUCAAAGAGCGGGAGGAUCGUCUCCGCCAACUGACGAAGACCGACCCUCCCUCGACGCGUGGUGCGAGCUUCCUCGCCUCCAAGUCGACGGCGACCAUGGCCCUCCUGCUCACGGUGUUUUGCGUCAAGGAGCUUGUCGCGCUCCGUUUCAAGUAGAUACGAUUACCUCGCUAGACGACACGUUGUCUAAUACAGAUUCCAUUACGUUUGCG